AUGACCAGCCGGGCGAGGGCCCACGAGCCUGCUGGCAGCACCCAUGAGGUUCCCGAUGACUUCAUCCUGGUGAUGUCGCGCGCCGCCCGUCGUCGCACCAGAGCCACCGUGGCCCUGGCCUCAGAUCCUGCCGUGGCAGGAACGGUCUUGUUCCGGCCCUCCGAGAAGGGCGGCUCCUUCGCGAAGGAAUCGCGCCUUGCACUCGCCAGUCGACAGUGCGACUCAGGGAGGGCUACUUUUGAUAAGACCUGCGACGUAAGGGGAAUCCUCGUGCUGGACCGCUUCAAAGCUUUUGACAGGGUCAAACACAGGCACAUACUGCGAGAAAUUUCUGCCCUUAACCUGGGACGGAACUUUAACGACUUCACAACAUCCUUCCUGGCGAAUCGCAAGGCGCACAUCAGGUUAGGAACGGUUUCGGGAGGUCCUUACGAGCUGGGAAACCGCGGCACACCGCAGGGCUCGGUCCUCUCCCCGCUACUGUUCAACAUAGCCACGCACAGGCUUUUCGCUCGCCUCGCCGAGAUCCCGAACGUGGGACACGCCAUUUACGCGGAUGAUAUUUCGAUCUGGGUGCCGGGAAGAUCAAUGGCCACGAUUGAACACUCACUACAGAACGUGCUAGAAACCAUCGAGGGGUUCCUCUCCGGCACGGGACUAGAUCUUUCCCAGUCCAAAUCGGAACUCUUGCUGUACAGACAAUCUAGGCACGGAGUAAGAAAUCUCGAGCCUCUGGAAAGUCUCCCGAUAGUUACCAAAGCCAAAAACGUGCAACCAAUGCCGAGGGUAGACUCGGUCAAAAUUCUAGGUCUGCUCAUCGACGCCAAGGGUUGCAACGCGACGGCUCUCAAUAAGCUCUCUGCCCUAGAAAACUCUACACUUGCCACCAAGGAAUGGUGGGAUGAAUUCCUCAGAAGCGACAAGCACCACAUCCAGCUCCAGGCAGCCCAGAGGGCCCGCGACAUCGCAACGGAACUUCGCCUCCCGAGUACGAGCGUUACAGACGAGUCUAGUCCCGCGGUUGACAAGAACUCCAUCAUAGCUUUGUGA